UCAACUAUGUCGGAUCUUGCCACUUCUGUCGUUUACGAUGAUCAUUGGGUGUUGUAAAUGUCAUAAAAGAUCAUAAAAAUUUUUUAUUUAUAAAUUCUUUAUUGAAGUGAUUUUGUAAUUUAUGAAGAACUAUACCGGUGUGUGAUCUUUGAUUGGAAAGUUUUUCCAACAUGAUUGGAGGCUUGUUUGUCUACAAUCAUAAAGGAGAGGUGUUAAUUUCUCGAGUGUAUCGAGAUGAUAUUGGAAGAAAUGCAGUGGAUGCGUUUCGGGUAAAUGUAAUUCAUGCCCGGCAGCAAGUCAGAUCGCCGGUUACAAAUAUUGCUCGAACAUCUUUCUUCCACAUUAAGAGAGCUAAUAUUUGGCUUGCUGCUGUAACUAAACAAAAUGUCAACGCUGCCAUGGUCUUUGAAUUCCUUCUUAAAAUUAUUGAAGUGAUGCAGUCUUACUUUGGAAAAAUAUCAGAAGAAAACAUCAAAAAUAAUUUUGUUUUAAUCUACGAAUUACUUGAUGAAAUCCUUGACUUUGGUUAUCCACAAAAUAGUGAUGUAGGAGUCUUGAAAACAUUCAUUACGCAACAAGGAGUUAAAAGUGCUGGUGGUACUAAAGAAGAACAAGCUCAAAUAACAUCGCAAGUGACUGGACAAAUUGGAUGGCGUCGAGAAGGUAUUAAGUAUCGGCGUAAUGAAUUAUUCUUGGAUGUUUUAGAAUAUGUUAAUUUGUUAAUGUCACCUCAAGGUCAAGUUUUAUCGGCACACGUUGCUGGUAAAGUUGUUAUGAAAUCGUAUCUAUCGGGUAUGCCAGAAUGUAAAUUUGGAAUCAAUGACAAAAUUGUCAUGGAAGCCAAAGGUAAAAGUGUCGGAGGAGGAUUAGGAGAAGUUGGUAAUAGUUCUUCAGAUGCUUCAAGAUCAGGAAAACCAGUUGUGGUCAUUGAUGAUUGUCAAUUUCAUCAAUGUGUUAAACUUAGCAAAUUUGAAACUGAACAUUCAAUCAGUUUUAUUCCUCCAGAUGGUGAAUUUGAGUUAAUGAGAUAUCGUACAACAAAGGAUAUUUCUUUGCCUUUCCGUGUUAUUCCAUUGGUUAGAGAAGUAGGCCGAACGAAAAUGGAGGUGAAAGUUGUUUUGAAGAGUAAUUUUAAAUCAUCUUUACUAGGACAAAAAAUCGAAGUAAAAAUUCCUACACCAUUAAACACAUCCGGCGUUCAACUGAUUUGUUUAAAAGGCAAAGCAAAAUAUAAAGCUUCUGAAAAUGCGAUUGUAUGGAAAAUUAAGAGAAUGGCUGGAAUGAAGGAAACUCAAUUAUCUGCUGAAAUUGAAUUACUAGAAACGGAUACGAAGAAAAAAUGGACACGACCUCCAAUAUCAAUGAACUUUGAAGUACCUUUUGCCCCGUCUGGUUUCAAGGUGCGUUAUCUAAAGGUGUUCGAACCAAAAUUGAACUAUUCAGAUCAUGAUGUUAUAAAAUGGGUGCGUUAUAUUGGUCGUAGUGGUCUUUACGAAACCAGGUGUUAAAAAAAUAUCUAAUUAACUCUCUGUUGUUAGAUAUUAUUUAAAACAAAUAAAAACAAACCUCGAGAUAAUAUUCAGCUCUGCUAAAUAAACUUUCAAAUUUAGACAAACAAAAAUAUUUUCAUUAUAUCACAUUUUUCUUAAUUUACUAAUCAGAAAUUCUUCAUUUUUCUGUUGUUUUUUUUUAUGUUUUAUUUUACCCGUGUUAUAUUUUUCUAUCGUAAAUAAAGUAUUAUAAUAUAUAGCAAGCGAUUCAAGUUAAGAAUUUUGCGCCACCAAUAAUACUUGUUAUUUAUGUUUGUACAGAAGUGUAAGUCACAUCUCAUUCAUCAUCUUAACGACAAAUUUGUAAUAUAUCCUUUGAAAUUUGUCUGUAAAUAGUGAAAUGAUUCUUCUACUUUAUAAAUAUGAUAAUAUUUGAAAAGUUUUAGGAUUACCAUAAAUAUUAAUCAAUAAUUAGAUCUAUUAUUUUGAAUGUUAUCGUAUUGAUUAAAAUAAAGAAACAUUUCUCACUGUUUAAAGACGAAUUUCUCUUCAAUCAAUUAGGGGAAAUAGCUUAAUCUGCAUCACUGUCAUCUGUAUAAGUAUCCAUGGUAUGACGUCAUGAACAUUUACGCGCGAACUUAGUUUGAAUCGUGAAAUAUUAUUUCUUCAAUAAUUUAUUAAUUUAUUCUAUGCUUUGUUUAGUGAUCUUUAGUAUGGGUUUUCUUAUAUCUAAUGAAAAAUCCUAAACAAAACUUGUUAUUUACGAUCAAAAAUAAAUAAAUUUUGAUUAUCGUUAAUAUGUAUAUCAAAGGUAACGGACACGCGCGUUAAAUUUGUAAAAUGAAUUUAAAAAAAAAAAGAUCAAAUUAUAUAUUAAAAAAAAUAUCACCGAUCAAAAUUUAAAUAAUGUAGAUUUAUUACAUUUUAAAAAUUAGUUUAUUAAGUUUAUAAGUAAUUUGUUUACGUAAAAAGAAAAUUUAUCCAAAUAUAAUAUUUCAACUAAGUUCGAUCAGUAUUAAUCAAUUGUGUAUAAAACGAUUUGUAGAAAAUUUUAUUAUUAAUACCAAUAUUUCUAUUUUGAUUGAUGCAUUCCACCGGAGUGAUCUUGAGAAAAUGUAAGUUUUUACAAUACCAUUAUUUUAUGUGUAGAAAUCAAUUUUCGAUUUGUGUCUUAGGUUUGUAAUGUGACUCGAAAUUAUGUGUAACAAUUUAUCAAUUCAACUAUUCAUCAUAAAUUGAACUUAUAUAUUUAUAAAAUUAAAAGUGUUUUAAUUGGAUUAC